AUGUCCAAAUUCUCGGUAUUCAUAAAAGAGAAGUCUUUUCUCUGUCUUUUCAUCAUUUACUCUCUGGUUUUGAAGCUGCAGGAGGGUAACCUGGUGGUGCGUCAUUUCCAGUUCCUGCGCUGGUCAGCCUAUCGUGAUAUCCCAGACUCCAAAAAGGCCUUCCUCACUCUGCUGGCCCAAGUGCACAAGUGGCAGAGGGAGUGUGGUGAUGGUCGCAUUGUAGUUCACUGCCUGAAUGGAGGUGGGCGCAGUGGCACAUUCUGUGCUUGCACCAUGAUAAUGGAGAUGAUUGGUCACCACAGAAUGGUGGAUGUCUUCUACGCUGUCAAGACUCUCCGUAACUCCAAGACUAACAUGGUGGAGACCAUGGAGCAGUAUCGGUUCUGUUAUGACCUGGCUUUGGAGUACCUGGACUGUCUAGAGGUCAGAUAA